AUGGAAGCCAACGUCGUCACCCAGUUCUCACUCGUCAGUGCCGUCUGGGAAGGAGUUGGAAGUUCUGGUCUCACGAUAAGCAAUGUUUCUGAUAAAGGCGACCAUGGUCUUGGUACAUUUCAGCAUCUAGAUGGAGAGAUGGUCAUGGUAGAUGGUCAACUUUACCAGUUCCGAUCAAGCGGAUCAGUAUCUCGGAAAGGAGACGAGGAUAUUAUCACGUUCGCCCAAGUUGUGUUCUUCAAACCAAAUUCUCAUCUGCAAUUCGACUCCUUGAAUCCGCGAGCCGUUCUUGACUAUCUUGACACCAGCCACCCAGGUAGUCACAAUCUAUUUCAUGCUGUAAAGAUCGAAGGGAUGUUCCAGAAUAUCAAACUUCAUGUUGCGCGGAGACAGCAGUACCAAGGCGAACCCGGCUCAGAGAUCAUGAAAUCAAUGCUCGUGUACGACUUGGAGGAUAUUGAAGGAAUCGCUUUUGGGUUUCGGUCUCCACAGUCCACACUAUUGCAAGACGGGACUAUCGAUUCCUGGAUUGUACCACCGCCUUGUUUCUUCGGAUCGGAGAUUUGGCGGACAUGUGAUGGAGUUCUCUAUGGGAGGUGGGAUAAUCUCAAGUAG